ACCAACUGGACGCCACGGAGAACGCUUGCAGGGAGAUGGCGGACGACGAGCAAUGGGACGACCUGGCCAUCAUGAAGGCCUUUGAUGCCGCCGUGAACAAGCGCAAGGCCAAGCCGGCCAAGCACGCCCCACGCACCGCGAGCCACGCGCCGACGCACCAUUCCGCCGCACCGCACACGCACGCAUUGAGCCCGCCCAAGUCACCCGCUGUGUCGCAUCGUAGUGUGCCCAUGCACACGCCACCGCCCGCUGUGCACGGGGGCAUCCCGGGCAGCUCAUUCCAAGCCCAUCAGUCGACAUUUCCUCCACCAGAGGCUACGUACUACCACUCGCACGGCUAUGCUACACCCUCGCACGCUGCCUUUCCAGCGCACAACUACCCACCGUCGACACCUCCGCACGCGGCCUACCCCUCGCCACACGCCGCCCACACGCAGCACACACCGCGAGCGACGGAGCAGUACGCCGAUGCGUAUGCCCGUGCCUACGCGCAUGCCAUGACGCAGGGCGCGUCGCCGUCGUUUGCGCCACAUCCCGCGCCGGCGUGUCCGUACGGCUGUCAACAGCAGCACGGUGGGCUGCCGGGUAUGCCAGGCUUGUCGCCGCCGAUGGUCCAGGACGACGAUCUCUCCAAGCUCCUCCUCUCGUGGUAUCAGUCGGGGUACUAUGCUGGUCGCUACAAGGCGAUGCAAGAAAACAAGACGUCGACGUUCUUUCGACGAUAG